AUGGAUAAACGUUGGAUAACCUUAGAUAAAAAUAGAGAUGAGUACCGAGAAGGUGUUAAACAAUUUGUCUUAAAUUUCAAGCGGCAUGCAAGGAAUCCUGAAAUGAUUAUUUGUCCUUGCGCAAUUUGUCGCAACCUUAGCCCACAAACUGACGACGACUUAGAGAUCCAUUUGAUGCGCUACGACGUUGAUCCUGAUUACGAUAUUUGGUGUGCACAUGGUGAAGAGGCAGGCCCAUCUGUAGAAGUUGUAGAUGGUGAAAGUUCAUAUCAUAUUGAUGUGGACUAUGAACUUCCAGAAGUGCAUCAAAUAAUAAAAAAAUUCUUGAAAGGAUUUGAUUUGGGGUAUGAGAAAAUUGACGCAUGCAUCAAUGAUUGUUGCCUGUUUAGAAGUGAAAAGAAGAAGAACAUGCAGAACUGCCUCGAAUGUAAUGCUUCAAGGUGGAAAGUAAAACCACGGACCAAUGAGAUAAAUACGGGAGUGCCUGCAAAGGUUUUGCGUUAUUUUCCUAUAAUUCCAAGGAUUAAGAGGAUGUUUCUUUCAGCGAGUAAUAGUGAGCUGUUAACUUGGCACUCUACUCAUCACAGUCAAGAUGGCAUGAUGCGCCAUCCAGUUGACUCAAUUCAAUGGUGCACUGUUGAUCAAAAGUGGCCAAGUUUUGCUUCUGAGCCACGAAACUUAAGAUUUGGACUAGCCACUGAUGGUUUUAAUCCUUAUAAAAAUCUAUCUUCAACACACAGUAUUUGGCCUGUGAUUUUAGUCAUCUACAAUCUGUCACCUAAUGUUUGCAUGUCAUCAGAAAAUUUGAUGCUAAGUCUACUCAUUCCAGGCCCCAAACAACCAGGGAAUGAUAUAGACGUGUAUUUGGAGCCAUUGAUAGAUGACUUAAAGGAGCUAUGGACUAAUGGGGUGGAGAUGUAUGAUGCAUACAACAGGGCGACAUUCUACCUGAAAGCUAUCCUUUUGUGGACAAUAAAUGACUUUCCAACCUAUGGCAAUCUGGCUGGUUUAACUACAAAAGGAGAAUUUGCAUGUCCCGUACUGCCUUUGCGUCACAAUUUGGAUGUCAUGCAUAUUGAAAAGAAUGUGUGUGAAAGUGUCUUAACAACCAUAUUAGAUGUCAAUGGUAAAUCGAAAAUUGAGAAUGAGUCUCGUAGAGAUCUUGAGUUACUAGAACUGAUGGAAGAUAUGCCUGUGGAAGAAAAACGUGCGAAAUUAGAGCUACUAUCUGCACCUUACACAUUAACAAAGGUUGAGAAACCUAAAUUUUGUGGGUUUUUACCUGAAGGCCUAAGAAAAGCAAUAUGGCAUCUAUCUUCCUUUUUCAAUGAGUUGUGUCAAAGGGUAUUGGACAGAAAAAGGUUGGAAGAGUUGGAAGAUGAUAUCGUAUUGACUUUAUGUUUGCUGGAGAGAUACUUCCCUCCAUCCUUCUUUGACAUUAUGAUCCACCUUACUAUUCACAUUGGAAGAGAAGCUAAGCUAUGUGGUCUAAUACUGUACCCUUUUGAGAGAUAUAAGAAGGUACUUAAGGACAAUGUUAAGAAUCAUGCUAGACCUGAAGGAUCUAUAGCUGAAAACUAUUUAGCUGAUGCGUGCUUGAGGGUUCACAAAGAAGAAUUAACUCUUUCAGACCCACAUUUAAUUACUGAUAACAGCUUGUUAGAGAAAACUCAUUUAGAGACAUUCGUCGUUUGGUUACAAGCCAAGAUUAUGUCUGAAGCUAGAGAGGGGUUUUUGUCGGAUACUUUGAAGUUGCUUGUGAAAGGGCCUAGAUUUUAUGCAAUGUCGCAUAUUGGUUUUGUAAUACAUGGAAAACACUUUCACACAAUAGAUGCAAAUGUUUCCACGGCAGAUUAUGGUGUCCAUAUUGAAGCAGAUUCUAGUCUGAAUUAUUAUGGAAUUAUAAGAGAAAUAUUGGUGUUAGACUACUACAUUUUCCGGUUGGCUAUCUUUCGGUGUGACUGGGCAAACAUUGUUAGUGGUGUGAAAAAGGGGGAUGGGUUCACUUUAGUUAACCUUCGUGAUGGUUUAGAUAAAAAAGAUCAAUUCAUUUUAGCAUCACAUGCUAAACAAGUGUUGGUAUGUGGUGCUGAAGGCUCCUCCAAGAGGCUUUCAUGA